AUGUUUGAUAGCCUAAACGAUGAUCCUCCAAUCUGGCUAAUUACGAUUGGAUGGAUGAUGAUUCUGAUUUUUAUCUUUUCAAUCAGUUCUUAUUUGUUCGUAUUCCCUAUUUAUUUAUAGGUCUAUAAAGUGAACCGAAAACGUGAUCAACGGAACGUCCUAUUUCCGACAAUCAAUCAUUUUUUCAAUAUGGUGCAGACUGUGUACAUCUUUUCUGCAAUUUCACUGAUCUCUCUCAUUCUUGGGUUCUCACUUGGAUUGGGCUUGAAUUCUUCAUCAGAGUGGUCCUACUACUUCACAAUGUUCAAUUUAACAAUAUUUUGGUCACUUUCAAUUAUCAUUCAGGUAUUUUACAUAUUGAUUAUUCUACUGGCUAUUGAGAAAUUUACCAUUUAUUUUUUCCCAUCUACUGAGAAAUUUGUGAUGUCAGCGCAAAAGUAUCAGAUAAAACAUGUCAGAUAUAUGUAUUUAGUGAUAUUCAUUGUUCAGUCAAUUCUGACAUUGAAUGCGUUCGGAGUUCGAUUUUGGAACAUAAAUGAAAUUAAGAUACGAUCGAUAAUAUACAUAAGCUUUAAUAUCAUAUUCAUACUCUCGGCCUUGCUAUACGUUCCCAUAAUGUUCAGCGUUAGAAAGUUUUCCAACCUUCCGUCGGUUCAACAGAACAAACCGCAACUAUACAUUUUCUGGCAGACCAUCAACAUUUUGAUUUUUAAAUUUACGUUUAUUGCUGCAUUUAUUGCAUGCCUGUUCGCGCAGCAAGCGUUUGAGGAAUUAGUUGUUCUUAUGAUGUUUUUGGAUAUUGUUGUUAUUCCACAAAUUGUUCAAAUAUCAUAUAUCAGUUGUAACAAGCGAAAUAUGGAUACUUUGUUGAAGUCGUUCAGUUGCAUUAAAUUUACUAGAAUUGUGUUUAAUAGACAAAAGACAACGUCCAUUGCGCCACAGGAUUGGAGACUCAAUUCUAAUAAUUCUAAAUCUGCAAAUUAUAUAGUUUACAUUGAAAAAAAUUUAUAA